UUAGCACCCCCUUCAUGACCACUCCCUUUUCUAUAUCAGGUAGUGCAGCCCCACCUGACGAAGAUGUCUGACCGGAAAGCUGAGUUGGAGCGGAAGAAAGCCAAGUUGGCGCAGAUCAGAGCUGAGAAGGAAGCAAGAAGGAAGGAAAGAGAAACUUUGGACGCGCAAUCCGCUACUCAGACUGCUAUAUCUGGUUUGCGACGAGAUGAACGCCAGGAGAUAGAUAGGAACUUGGAGAGUUUAGGGAUUACUCCAGUAGCUGCUGUAGUAGAGAAUAUUGCCUCCCUUCCUCCGUCCCUCUCUGAUGUAUCUCUAACCUCUACUCCGGAUACUAGUCUUAAACCGGAUUUAGGAUUCAGUCCUAGGCUAAGACGGAAGAAGCCUCAGUUGAGUCUAGUGGCAGUUCAGACGACUAAUAUUCCUCCUAAGGAGAAUGUAUCCUACACUAAGAACACACAAACCGAAGAAUCGGGAACUGACCCUGUCCCUGCCCGAGGUGGGAGACUGGGUGGGUUUGAUUACUACACCCUGACCUAUGAUGAUAUGGAUGAUGGUUAUGAAGAGGAUUCUCUCCCCGGGUUGGGUUCAGGAUCUCCAAGUAGUGGUUCACCCUCCGGGUACUUGAGUAAACUGCCUCCAGGUAUCCUACCACACGGUAUGCCAGAGGUCAAGGACGUAAAACCCGCAACAACCAAAGAGGAAGAAGAAAAGAAGAAGAAAGAGGAAGAGAGGAAGAAGAAAGAGCUGAGCGAGGAGGAGAAAAGUGUAAUCAUGAUGUCUCAGCCGUUCCAGAAGUUUUUCGAUCGGGCAACAAAGAUUGUUGAACGAGCUCUGGCUGAAGAUAUCAAUGUUUACGUGGAUUAUACCGGAGGUUAUGAGGACGGAGAAGCGUUGGAGGACAAAUCCGGAGGCAAGCUUUCCUUGAACAGAUUCUUCUACGACGACCGUUGGUCCAAAAACCGUGUUAUUACAUCCAUGGACUGGUCUACUCAGUUCCCGGAGCUACUAUGCGCCAGCUAUAACAACAACCCUGAGGCUCCCCACGAACCAGACGGAGUUUGUCUGAUCUGGAACACGAGAUAUAAGAAGGAAACCCCGGAAACCAUUUUCCAUUGUCAGUCCCCGGUCAUGACCGCAGUCUUUGCCCGGUUUCAUCCCAAUCUUAUCCUUGGUGGAACAUACAGCGGUCAAAUUGUACUCUGGGAUAAUAGAAACAACAAGAGAACUCCGGUUCAGCGCUCUCCACUCUCUGCUAGCGCACACACACACCCCGUCUACUGCGCGAAAGUGGUAGGAACGCAGAACGCGCAUAAUCUCAUAUCCAUCAGUACCGACGGUAAAAUGUGCAGUUGGAGCCUUGAUAUGCUCGCACAGCCGCAGGAAACCCUUGAACUUCAGCAUAAACAAUCUAAAGCUGUUGCAACAACAUGUCUCACCUUCCCGCAGAACGACGUCAACAACUUCUUGGUCGGGUCUGAGGAAGGAACAAUCUAUACAGCCUGCCGUCACGGUUCUAGAGCCGGAGUCCUAGAUCUAUUCGAGGGACAUCAAGCUCCGGUAACAGGGAUAGAUACGCAUAAUGGUCAGGGUAACCUGGACUUCUCUCAUCUAUUCCUCUCCUCAUCUAUUGACUGGACGGUAAAGCUCUGGUCCUUGAAGGAGAAUAAACCUCUCUACUCCUUCGAAGAUAACGGAGAUUAUGUUUAUGAUGUUGCGUGGUCUCCGAUCCAUCCUGCUCUCUUUGCUACGGUGGACGGUACGGGUAGGUUGGAUCUUUGGAACCUGAACAAGGAUACAGAGGUGGCUUCUGCUUCAGCUACUAUUGAGAACGGAGCAGCUUUGAAUAGGAUUACUUGGACACAGUCCGGGCUUCAUGUGGCUGCAGGUGAUGAUCUGGGUAAGAUUUGGGUUUAUGAUAUUGGAGAACAACUAGCUGUUCCGCAGCAAGACGAAUACAAUAAGUUCGUCAAUACUUUACAGCCCCAUACAGGACAUCUUAGCAGCUUAACAUCUGGACACUUGGGGAGCCUAGCUUCAGGACACCUUGGCAGCCUUACUUCAGGACACCUAGGACAUAGUAGUCUAGGACACAGUAGUCUGUCCUCAUUAUCAGGACCUUCAAGUCUGGGAUCAAUUCAAUCUCCGCUCAGAUAAGCUGAGGGAUUUAUAUUUUUCAAAAAACUUCACCCCCCCCCCCAAA